GGUGCAAUGCUGCCGCUAUUUUCUAAAUGACAAAUGUGACCCUCUACUUUAAUGAUACCUCUCCAUCAACUAAAUGAAAACUUUAUUUCAACGUUGGGAACAAUGCGGGUCACGAGCUUUUGGCCUUCCACGUUAUUCCAAGCUUGUUUAGAGUUCUCUUUUCCAGAGCACAGUGGUCCUGCACUGUUGAAGUGUUGUAACAACCAUAUUUAUAUCUCCAAGAUUCCAGCUGGUUUGCUCGUGGAGGUUCCGUUCUUCAUUCUGCCAUUGAAAAGACCCCACUCCAAGCAAUUAUGGACGACUUUUGCUUGUAUCAUACCUUUGCUGAAGGAUAAUAGAGUGAGUGCUCAAAAGCUAGAUAUGCAUGAGAAAGUGAGUGGAAUCUGUAUGUGGGUCUAGAUUUUGAUUUGAGAGUAGAUUAGUCCUAAAUUAUGGUUUGCAAAUGUAUUAUAUUUGAUCCUUUAUUAUAGGCAACUAUUUAGUAUGAUUGAAGAUA